AUGUCCGAAACAAUUGAAGGCGGUGUCAAGAUCGACAGAUUGUCCCCAGGUGAUGGUAAGACUUUCCCAAAGCAAGGUGAUCUAGUGACUAUUCACUACACUGGUACUCUAGAGAACGGUCAAAAAUUUGACUCCUCUGUCGACCGUGGUUCUCCAUUCCAAUGUAACAUUGGUGUAGGCCAAGUUAUCAAGGGUUGGGAUGCUGGUAUUCCAAAGUUGUCCGUUGGUGAAAAGGCUAGACUAACCAUCCCAGGUCCAUACGCUUACGGUCCUCGUGGUUUCCCAGGUUUGAUCCCACCUAACGCCACUUUGAUCUUCGACGUCGAAUUGUUGAAGGUUAACUAA